AUGACGUCAUAUGAAGUAAAUGAUACAGUGAUGUGGGCAUAUGAUGAGGGAUUCCCACUUCUAAUGCCUCGCUGGGGUUAUGUUGCAUCAGCGUUUGUGCUGUUUCUUAUCGGAUUUUUUGGAUUCUUUCUGAAUCUGAUGGUGAUUUUGCUGAUGUUCAAGGAUCGACAGUUAUGGACACCAUUGAACAUAAUUCUCUUCAACUUGGUGUGUUCGGAUUUCUCUGUGUCAGUGCUGGGGAAUCCUCUCACCUUAAUUUCUGCUCUAUUUCACCGCUGGGUUUUCGGGAAGACUAUGUGUGUGCUCUAUGGAUUCUUUAUGGCUCUAUUAGGAAUUACCUCAAUAACGACCCUCACAGUUAUAUCCUUCGAGCGUUACUUGAUGGUGACGCGGCCUCUUCGUUCAAGGCACCUAAGUUCAAAGAGUGCCGCUUUCUCUGUGAUCUUCAUAUGGAUGUACUCUCUGGCACUUACCACACCACCUUUAAUGGGGUGGGGGAACUACGUGAACGAAGCAGCAAAUAUCAGUUGCUCCGUGAACUGGCACGAGCAAUCAAUGAACACACUGACAUACAUACUGUUCCUGUUUGCAAUGGGCCAGAUCGUACCGUUGUCUGUCAUCACCUUUAGCUACGUCAAUAUCAUCAGGACUAUGAAGAGGAAUUCGCAAAGGCUUGGUCGAGUGCGCGUGAGUCGCGCCGAAGCACGAGCAACGGCAAUGGUUUUCGUAAUGAUCAUCUCAUUCACUGUUGCUUGGACACCUUAUUCACUAUUUGCUCUUAUGGAGCAAUUCGCCUCUCAAGGCAUUAUUUCACCCGGGGCUGGAGUGAUACCAGCACUAGUAGCCAAAAGCUCUAUCUGUUACGACCCCCUCAUAUACGUCGGCAUGAAUACUCAAUUUCGGCAAUCAAUCAAGAGAAUAUUUGGCGUUCAUUCAAAAUGUCAAUCUCCAGCCACCAAAGCAUACAACACUGGUAUGUCACCGGCGCAUAAAUUAUCCGCUUUUAAUGAUAUCACAGUUCGAUUCAACACUUCAGAUACUAAUUUACCCAGCACUCCCAAAAAACUCAAAGACAGAGCACUAAGCAAUGACGAAUCCGAUGUGUCAAAUGAGUUCAAUCGUUUCCCGAAUAAAAUGGGUGAACUUGGAACAAUACAGGAAACAAAAACAAUCUCAGACUGCGAGAGAUCAGCAGACACCGCUUACGAUGAAGAUAGCAGUAAGAAGAUAGACUCCGACCAUUCACCGAUUCUAACAAUAGACAAAGAACGUCUCAUAUUUACCAAAAGAAAAAAUGAAAAUCUUGUAGAACUUUCAAAAGUUUCAAGCGAUGACAGCACCUCCUCAAAGGGGCUAUUUAAAGAGACAAUAGUUUGUCAAUAUAUUGAUAAAGACAGUGUUAAAAUGGAGAGAAAUUUUAACGUGUAG